AUGUCUUACCAUGGAAGCUGCUUCUGUCAAAAAGUCAAAAUCGAGUAUUGCAGCGAGACCAUUACAGCUGUAAGUAAUUUAGUGAACUCCGGACGUUCAUAUGCUAACGUAUACAAGGGACUCUGCCACUGCCUCGACUGCCGCAAACUCACCGCAAACCCCUACUCCCUCUGCUUCGUCGCCAGAUUCUCCGAGCUGAGAGUCACCGGUGCGGCCAAAGAACUGGUCAAGACGGCGGACAGUGGAAAUGUGGUGAAGAAUUACUUUUGUGAUGAUUGUGGUAUGGACUGCAGGAAUCCAGUGCGAACGCUGUGA